AUGACGUUGAUACUGAUGUCCCCAGAAUGGACAACUCCCUCUCUGACCGCUGCGCAAUCUCGACCGCAGCUAACCUCUGCGUCCACAGACGGCUUGCAGUCAUGCCACCCUGACUUUCAACAGAUCGACCCUCAAUUGAGCAGUCCACCCCUCAACGGCGUGCAGCCGUACGACCCUCGGCUGACAUGUUCGUCACCGAACGGCUUAGGAAUGUAUGACCCGUACCUUCGAAUCGAAAUUUUGACUAAUCAAGCGCUGCUCUCAAUGGUUCAAGCCUGGCAAGACGUUUUUAAUUCGGAGAAGAACAACACACCCUGGAGCACCGAAACUUCGGUCGUCAGUAUCGUCCGUCAGGCGCCCCAAAAAUACCUCGCGGUCAUCGGCACCGCGCGCAGGCCAAACAGCGCCGAUCUGAGAGAUCGCGGGCUCGCCGGACUCCCGGACCCGGGCCCCGACGUCGCGCUUCGGAGAGCAGAGUUGGAGUUGGAGCAAGCGACCUUGAAGGCGCAGGUGGCUUUUUGGCACGGUGGUGGGGAUUUUCCGGUUUCGUUCUCGCGGACGAAAAUCGAUAAAUACCACGGUAGUGAUGACGGCUCGAGUUCAAACCCAGAGACAAUGAGGGAAGAUCCGGUAGUAAAAGUAGAGCGGGAGCAUAUCAUGCAUGAUACCAUGGACGAUGAGCAAAUGCGGAAAUCGACCGCCGACGUCGACAAGCCUAACUUGUCAGAGUCAGUAAGAGUUGCCGACAAGGCGUGUGAAGCGGAAGAGGGUGUGCGCUAUCUACGCGAUCGAAAGCCUGUUCAGCUACACCCUUACGCACUUGAGCGCGAGGUGUACCGUCAAAGAGUAAAGGAUGGAAGAGUGGCGUGA